UUUGUUCUAGAGCCCCGGGCUUGGCCAGUUCUUCUAUCUCAUGGCUGGGGCUGGUACUGCAUCCCCCACGAGGCCUAUUUCCCGCGAGGCAUAAGAGGAGGAGCCACAGCUGUGCGCGCUUCCCCUCCACCUGGGAGCCCCCGCUGAAGUAAAAACUUUUGAGAUUGCCCUCCCUCUUUCCCUCGGGGUGCCCCCAGCUCCGCCCUGCUGUCCCGCUCCGCCCUAUCCCAUUCAGCCUUUCUCUCCUCGCUCUGGGGUCCCAGCUCACUUCGCUCAGGGGCUUGCGGAGAACUGGACUUGGCAGCGACCAGGAUCUCGAAGAAAGAUUGACGGAACCCAGACUGAAGUUCAAACUGCCGAGAGGCGUGCCGGGGCCGGACGGGGAGGCGAGAACUAGAGGAAAGGGCUAGAGAGAUAGAGAGAAAGGAGCGGAUUUGGGGAGGAGGGCGGGUACCAGAGAAUGAGAAAGAGAUCUUUGGGGAGGCAGCGAAGGCGGGUCCGGGGCUCUCCUGGCUGAGAGAGAGGGGAAAAAGGAGAAAAGUCAGGAAAGAAAAGCGGCGGGGACCCCUAGUUCAGCCAACACUCAAAGCUUCUCAAGAGUUGUUCAGGGCGCCCAGCAGUGCCGGGCUAGGCUCCGGCUGUGAAGAAGGACCCCCUAAACUUCACAGCUGGACCCAAGUCUUUAAGGGGGAGGGGCCUUGAUCUAUUCUCUACUGCUCGGAUUUUCAGGCUAGGGAAGCAGCCCCCUCAACUCCCUCCGGGCACAGAAUUCGGUAGUUUCUCCCUCUUUUCUACAGACUUACUCUAGUGGAGAAAAGUCAAAGAAAGUAAUUUUGGAGUCAAUUUCCUUUCUCUUAAGCGGCGAGGGAGCGCCUGGGGGGCGCGGUGAUCCGGUAGCCUAAAGCUCCUGGCGGCCGUGACCUUGGCCCUGCUUCAGAAGCUGAGCCGCCGCUGGCCUGGGGGCAGCAUGGCGGUGUCAGCUCUUACCGGCUUCUCUCUGGUCAGCCUCCUCAGCUUCGGCUACCUUUCAUGGGACUGGGUCAAGCCGGGCCACCAGGCUGAUGGGCCUCGGGCCUCUGGGGACAAGCCUCCCCCGUCUCCCUCGCAGUCCGUGUCUUCAUCUCCGCCUCAUAUCAUCUUCAUCCUCACUGAUGACCAGGGCUACCACGAUGUGGGCUACCACGGCUCAGACAUCCAGACCCCGACCUUGGACCGACUAGCCGCCGAGGGCGUAAAGCUAGAGAACUAUUACAUUCAGCCCAUCUGUACCCCUUCUCGAAGUCAGCUCCUCACUGGCAGGUACCAGAUCCACACAGGACUGCAGCACUCAAUCAUCCGUCCUCGUCAGCCCAGCUGCCUGCCCCUCGAUCAGGUGACACUGCCACAAAAACUGCAGGAGGUGGGUUACUCCACUCACAUGGUGGGCAAGUGGCAUUUAGGCUUCUAUAAGAAGGCAUGUCUACCCACACGGCGUGGCUUUGAUACCUUCUUGGGCUCGCUGACGGGCAACGUGGACUAUUACACAUAUGACAACUGUGAUGGACCUGGCGUGUGUGGCUAUGACCUUCAUGAGGGUGAGAAUGUGGCAUGGGAGCAGAGUGGCCAGUACUCAACCCUGCUGUAUGCCCAGCGUGCCAGCCAAAUCCUGGCUAGUCACAGUCCCCACCAGCCCCUAUUCCUCUAUGUAGCCUUCCAGGCUGUGCACACGCCAUUGCAGUCCCCCCGUGAGUACCUGUACCGUUACCGUACCAUGGGUAAUGUAGCUCGGCGCAAAUAUGCUGCCAUGGUGACGUGUAUGGAUGAGGCCGUGCGCAAUAUCACCUGGGCCCUGAAACGUUAUGGCUACUAUGACAAUAGCGUCAUUAUCUUCUCUACUGAUAAUGGUGGCCAGACCUUCUCUGGAGGAAGCAACUGGCCCCUGCGGGGCCGCAAGGGCACCUAUUGGGAGGGUGGUGUGCGCGGCAUCGGCUUUGUUCAUAGCCCCCUGCUCAAGAGAAAGAGAAGGACUAGCCGGGCGCUGGUGCAUAUCACGGACUGGUACCCUACACUGGUGACGCUGGCUGGGGGCAGCGUGUCAGAGGCAGAGGGGCUGGAUGGCUACAAUGUAUGGCCGGCCAUUAGUGAGGGUCAGGUUUCCCCUCGCAUGGAGAUCCUCCACAACAUUGAUCCUCUCUACAACCAUGCCAAGCAUGGUUCCCUCGAAGGUGGUUUUGGCAUUUGGAAUACUGCUGUUCAAGCUUCGAUUCGAGUUGGUGAAUGGAAGCUGCUGACGGGGGACCCUGGCUACAGUGACUGGAUCCCCCCGCAGACUCUUGCCAACUUCCCUGGCAGCUGGUGGAACCUGGAGCGGUUGGCAGAUGGCACCCGUCAGUCUGUGUGGCUCUUCAACAUUAGCGCUGACCCUUACGAACGUGAGGAUCUGGCAGCCCAAAGACCGGAUGUGGUCCGUUCCUUGUUGGCCCGGCUGGUAUAUUACAACCGGACAGCCAUCCCUGUGCGCUACCCUGCUGAGAAUCCCCGAGCCCACCCUGAUUUCAAUGGGGGUGCCUGGGGCCCAUGGGUUAGUGAAGAGGAGGAGGAAGAGGAAGAGGAGGAGGAAGAGGAAGAGGCCAGGGAAGGGAGAGGCCGGGGUUCUCGCCGGGGCAGAAAGAAGUGCAAAAUCUGUAAGCUUCGUUCUUUCUUCCGUAAGCUCAACACCAGGCUGAUGUCCAACCGCAUCUGACUUGGGGCAGGCUCGGGUGGGGUCUCUAAUUCCAGCUCUUCUACUAGGGCUUCUUCUGGCUGGUAUCCAUUCAUGACUGGGAAAUCCUUAGAGAAGAGACUGGCGGUUAUCUGACCACCUGCAUUCUCUUAGAGAAAAAUGGAAGCUUGCUCGGCUGGUUUGGGGUUAGGGGAGGGUAUGCUGUACCCUGAAAGUGAACUGGAGACAGCCCAUGAAGGGGAAUAUCCCUUAGGCUCAGGGCUGGGAUGACACAACCUGAUUGGUGGUGAUACUUCCCAAUUUGUUCAAUUUCCUAACAGUGCUUUUGGAGCUCAGCAGCAGAGAUUGAGGGCUAAGUGUGUGGGUUCAGGACCUGCCUUCGAGCCAUUUAGAGCCCUCCUGGUACCACCCUAGCUUACUUGGAGGGAGAAUUGAGGGUUUUCCUCUGUGCCCAUUUCCCUGGCCCCACCCGAAUGAAGGUUUCCCCUCAGCUUUUGCUGAUGAGAGCAAGGUUGGUGCCAAGAGAGGGCGUGAAGGAGCAGGGAGAACAUGGAGCACGUGGCCAUGCCUAGGUAGGUGAAUGACCACUGGGCUUGCUACAGGAGGUCUCGUAUAUGGAGAGGGAAGUUGUAUUUGGUGGCCUCUACCAUCUCUAUCAUCUUUUAAGAAUCUAUGAGUCUAAGAUUUGGGAGCUUCCUUCAUCCAGCAAAUGAAGUGCUGGUGGCAGCAGUGGUAGCGAGUGACUGGCAUGGGCAAACUUGCAGGUCAAUUAGCAUUUAUUAAGUACCUACUGUGUACUAGGCACCUGGCUAAGUGAAUGAUUAGGAACACAUGAGCACAAAUACAGGUUGGAUCAUUGUGUACGUGAGUGUAAAUAUGGCCAGGUGUAUUCACUGAUACUUCCCGAUACACAUAUGUGUCACACACAUCUGUUUGGUGUCUGGCUGGGGAUGGGGGGGGGGUCUGGGAGUGGAGGUGGGAGAGAGUAUGUGUAUGCAUGCAUGCAGGUGUGAACAUAUGUGUGCACAUCCACACGUGUACUCACACACACCCUGAGGUGCGGGCAUGAGGGGCGUGGGGGUUAAGAGCCUCUAAUGUACAGUGCGUUUUCAUUCUGCACAGCCUGUUCUGUGUUUCUCCCUCUAGGUUCCAGUCGGUGCUGCAUGUGUAGGCGAUGGCUCUGCUGUGAAUUUUGAAAAUAGUUAUUUUUGUCUCUGGCAAAUGAGGCCUGUUAGGACUUGUCAGCUCAGGGAUGAGCUGCAGGGGGUGGGGGGGGAGGGGUUUUGCUGUCACAAAAUCGCAUUCAUUUAGAGCUGGCCACCAAAGGAUUUGACACAGGUUAAGGGCCAGGGGCCGAGGGAAAUAGAGGGCAGCCAGGAGAGGCCUAAGGAGGAUGGGGAGAGAGCCAGAGGGGCCCCUCCUCUUCCCUCCCCCUUUCCAUCUCCCUUCCCCCUAAAGUGAAGCCUUAGAUUGGCUUUGCCCCAGGGCUAGAGGAUGAGCUGAAGGAUUUGGAUCUAAGAGGAUUUUUUUUUCACCUGGGGCAAAGACAGGUAUUUUUUAGGGGUUGCUGUGUCCAACUGUGGCACCAUGGGUACAGUCUCUGGAGGUGGGAAGGCUCUCCUGGGGGACUGGGGAGGAGCCCCAUGAUUAUGGCAUCCUGAGAGUGGCCGCUUGUGGCUCCAGGAGGGAGGGGGUCACUCUAGGGAGUCAGGGCUUCUUAUUGAAAUGAUGGUUCUGUUUAGAGCAGCCCCACCAGGGCUCCUAACUGCUCUGGCCUGCUCUGGCCAGCUUGUCUUUUCCUGAAACCUCACUGGUUCAUCCUGAACUUGCUAAGCUUGUCACAAUGUUGUUAAUGUCCCUUGGAAGGGCACAGGCUCAAUAAAACCUGGAUGACCAACCCUUUUCUUCUGUUCUUGCAGUCUGCUCCCCCUGUUCUCUUUAAUAAUGUCCCCCUCCUUGCCCUCAGGAAGAGUGAGUGGCAUCAGUAUUGUCCUAAUGGCCACUGUUACCUACCUCUGAUCCUAUGGAAAGAGUCCAAAACCAUGGAGCACCUGCCACAUGUAAAUCAUUAAAUUAUGUAUGUCCUGGGGACAUGGAAGCAGGGAAAAAAGAGGCCUUGCCCAGUCCCUCAAGGAUGUUGCGUUGGACUGGACAACUGAGAAUUACCUUGAGAGGAGGGAACCGUUUCUCUCUCCCUUCUUCCCUCCACUCCUACUCUGAAACCCAGUGUGUGGGAGACAGGAAUACACAGUGAAAUAGGGCUUUUCUUUGGGGAGUCAGGAGGUCUAUGCCUUGCCCUGUCCUGCCCUGCCCUUGCCUCGGGGUGACCUUGGGCACCCUGCUUCCCUUUCUAGAAUUCCUUUCCUCAUCUGUAAAAUGAAGGAGUGGAAUAGAAAUGAUCUCUAAGGGCCCUAUCUAGCCCUGCCAUUCUUAGCAGCCAGAUCCCCCUGGACCCAAAUCUGACUGACUUUAGAGGUGAGUGACUCCAGUCAGCCCCCUCAGAAGAAGCAGAUCUGCUGGGACACUAGACUCAGGGUCAAGAAGAACUGAAUUCCAACCCUACCUCUAACGCUUAACAAUGUGACUAUGGAUGAGCCAUUCAAAUUCACUGAGGCUCAGUUUCCUUCUUUGUAAAUGAGAUGAAAAAUACCUGUAGUACUACCUCGCAGGAUUGUUGUAUGGCUCAAAUGAAAUGUGUUUGGAAAGCUCAAAUAAAUGUCACAAGUUAUCAUUUUCUCAACUGUCCCCUGUCCCCAGGGCAGGAUAGAUGACCCUUUGGUUCACCAGGGAGGUCCAUCCUGGCAUGUCUUCUGGGGCUGCACAGAGGUUUCUUCCUGGCACUCUUAUGGUUCGUGUUGGCCACUGGGUGGCAGUGAGUCCUUGAAAUAGCUUCUCCAGCCAUGAGAGGGCACAGAGGUCAAAGAGAUGGCCACAUCCUUAGCUGGGUUCUAACCCUUUAAAUUAAACUAUUUCCCACUAAUCCACCAAUUCAACUUCUGCAAGUACAAUCUAAGGAGAUGGAACCUCAGUGUGUUUGAAGGGAGCUUGGUUUUCUGUGAGCUUCUUGAGGACAGGAAUUGUCUUUUGUCUCUUUUUGUACCCCCAGUGCUUAGCACAGUGCCUGGCACAUAAUAGCUGCUGAAUAAAUAUUUACUCUAUUGAU